CACUAUCCCUCUUUCCCCCCAAUUAGGGUUCUAUGGCAUGAAACUUCAAUGUGCUGAUCCCAACGCCACUUUCGAAGUAUCCAAACACAUGGCCUUUGCUACCGGGUUCCGCCUUCUGCGCAGAUGCCACCACCAGCUUAUCCGUCCGACUAGAGCGCCCUCGUUUCCAGGGUUGAGGAGGGCAACUUCAGAGCUCCGUUUCUUUUCCGCUGCCAUUACCCAGAAAAGACGGGUACGGCCUGUUAGCGCUAGCCGGAGGGAACUUGUCGAGGUGGAGGGUGGAGAUGCUGGAAAUGGAAGCGUCACUGCGAGGGGCGGCAGUAGCGUCGUUCGUGGGGGAGAAGAGGGUAGAGUUGUCACAGCGGAACUCCACAGAGAAGCCACCUAUGCAUACAUGGCUUAUGCCAUGUCUGUUCUACUCGGCCGAGCUUUGCCAGAUGUUCGUGACGGCUUGAAACCCGUGCAUCGGCGAGUACUGUUUGCAAUGCAUGAACUUGGUCUUUCUUCAAAGAAACCACACAAGAAAUGUGCAAGAGUUGUUGGAGAGGUUCUUGGCAAGUUCCAUCCUCAUGGAGAUACGGCUGUUUAUGACUCAUUGGUGCGCAUGGCACAGGAUUUCUCAUUGCGCUUUCCACUUAUUCAAGGACAUGGGAACUUUGGGUCAAUUGAUGCAGAUCCUCCCGCAGCAAUGAGAUACACAGAGUGCAGAUUGGAAGCACUUACAGAGGCAAUGCUGCUCUCAGACAUAGAUCAAAAUACAGUUGAUUUUGUCCCAAAUUUUGACAACUCACAAAAAGAGCCAUCUCUACUCCCUGCUAGAAUCCCGAAUCUACUUCUGAAUGGCGCCUCUGGAAUUGCGGUUGGCAUGGCCACAAAUAUCCCUCCACACAAUCUUGGAGAGCUUGUUGAUGCAAUGUCUUCCUUAAUUCAUAACCCAGAAGUAACGCUGCAAGAACUACUCGAGCACAUGCCUGGACCUGAUUUUCCUACAGGAGGAAUCAUAAUGGGCAGCAUUGGCAUCUUGGAAGCAUACCGGACUGGAAGAGGACGCAUAGUAGUAAGAGGGAAGACUGAUAUUGAACUUCUUGAUUCUAAAACUAAGCGUACUGCAAUUAUAAUUAAGGAGAUACCUUACCAGACAAACAAAGCAUCCCUCGUUCAGAAGAUUGCAGAACUUGUGGAAAAUAAGAGUUUGGAAGGGAUAAAUGAUAUUCGAGAUGAGAGCGAUCGAUCGGGAAUGCGCAUUGUCAUUGAGCUUAAGAGAGGAUCUGAUUCAUCUAUUGUAUUGAACAAUCUCUAUCGUCAUACUGCUCUGCAAUCUAGUUUCAGCUGCAACAUGGUUGGUAUUCUCAAUGGGGAACCAAAGCUGAUGGGCUUGAAAGAAUUGCUUCAGGAGUUUUUGGACUUUAGAUGCUAUGUUGUUGAAAGACGUGCUAGAUUCAAACUUUUACAAGCUCAAGAGAGAUACCAUAUUGUUGAGGGCAUCCUAGUUGGUCUUGAUAAUUUGGAUUCGGUGAUUGAUUUAAUCAAAAAAGCUCCAACCAAUGCACUUGCAGCUGCUAAUUUGAUGAAAGAUUUUAAACUGUCAGAAAAACAAGCUGAUGCUAUAUUGGAUAUAAGCCUAAGGAGGCUCAAUGCAUUAGAGAGACAUAAGUUUGUUGAUGAAGGGAAAUCUUUAACAGAACACAUUUUCAAGCUACAAGAACUUCUCUCUAGCAGAAAAAAAAUACUCCAGUUAAUUGAAGAUGAAGCGGUUGAAAUAAAAAACAAAUUUUCCUCUCCUCGGCGUUCGAUGCUGGUGGAUUCGGGUACUGGUGAAGUUGGAGAAAUUGAUAUUAUCCCAAAUGAUGAAAUGCUUCUGGCAGUCAGUGAGAAGGGAUAUGUUAAGAGGAUGAGUCCCGAUACAUUUCACCUCCAACGCCGUGGGACAAUUGGGAAAUCAGUUGGUAAAUUAAGGGUAAAUGAUACAAUGUCUGAUGUCCUUGUUUGUCAUGCCCAUGAUCAGGUCCUAUAUUUUAGUGAUAAAGGUACUGUGUAUUCUGCUCCUGCUUACAAGAUACCAGAGUGUAGUAGAGCUGCUGCAGGAACCCCCUUAGUCCAGAUAUUGUCUUUGUCUGAUGGUGAAAGAAUAACUUCAAUAAUUCCUUUGGAUGAGUUCACGGAGGAUCAAUAUCUUAUGAUGCUUACUGCAAAGGGUUAUAUAAAGAAAGUGUCUUCAAACUUUUUCUCAUCUAUCAGGUCAACAGGAAUAAUAGCGAUUCAAUUGGUCCAUGGCGAUGAACUCAAAUGUGUGAAGUGUUGCACUAAUGAUGAUUUUGUAGCAAUGGCUUCCCAAAAGGGAAUGGUUAUUUUGAGUCCUUGCGAGAGUAUAAAAUCUCAAGGAAGAAACACUCGGGGCUCAGUAGCUAUGAGGAUGAAAGAAGGGGAUAAAAUUGCCAGUAUGGACAUAAUACCAGCUGCUUUGUUGAGUGGCUUCGGGAAAGUUUCAGAUGCUUUUGAAAGCCAGAGCACAAAUGGUCCAUGGCUGCUCUUUGUGUCUGAGAGUGGUUUAGGAAAGAGGGUCCCCCUCACCAGUUUCCGCACAUCACGUUUGAACAGAAUUGGUUUAAUAGGUUACAAGUUUACAUCUGAAGAUCGGCUUGCAGCAGCAUUUGUUGUUGGAUUUUCUCUGGGAGAUGAUGGUGAAAGUGAUGAACAAGUUGUUCUCGUAAGCCAGAGUGGAACUGUGAACAGGAUAAAAGUUCGGGACAUAUCUAUUCAAUCACGGUUUGCAAGAGGAGUUAUUUUGAUGCGGCUUGAUCAGGCUGGAAAGAUCCAAUCGACUUCUUUGAUCUCAGGAGUGGAUUCAGAUUCUGAUGGAAGUGAAGAAGUCAUUGUUGUUCCUGUUGCUGGUGCUUCAUAGGACUUGGGCAUUCACUCCACCUUUCCAUUGUUCUUGUUGUUUGCUGCACAUGGUUGACUUUCUAAAGUAGUUCUCUGCUCAUGGACAAUUUCCCUAUAGCAGGGAGAGGACAUUGAUGUGGUAACGGGUAAGAUGCAAUCAUUUGAAAUAGGGUUAGGGGUAAAGUUAUACCAGUUACCAAGGUUUUGUAGCUAACAUUUGCAUCCUGGAAUUUGAGUACGAUGAGUUAUUAAUUUUUUUGGUGGCUAUCCAGGACUAUUUCCCUAUAGCAGGGAGAGGACAUUGAUGUGGUAACGGGUAAGAUGCAAUCAUUUGAAAUAGGGUUAGGGGUAAAGUUAUACCAGUUACCAAGGUUUUGUAGCUAACAUUUGCAUCCUCGAAUUUGAGUACGAUG